AUGAAGUAUGCAAUUAUUUCACAUAACAUUGAUUUUGUUACAUUCUUGAUGAAUGAAUACAAUAUCGAGAUCGAUUUAGAAUACUGUGGAAUUUACAAUAAUGUUGAAUCCUUUCUAGUUCAUUUCGAUCAAACUAAUGAUAUAAACAAAUGCUUUGUUUAUUCAACGAUUUUUGACAUUCCAUCCCUUUUCGAAUACUUCCUUUCACAUGGUGCAAAUAUCAAUGAAAAAAAUGAUUAUGGAAAUACCGCACUUCAUAAUGCAGUAUUUAAUAAUAGUAAAGAAACUGCCGAACUUCUUAUUUCACAUGGUGCAAAUAUCAAUGAAAAAAAUAAAAAUGGAAAAACCGCCCUUCAUAAUGCAGUAUUUAAUAAUAGUAAAGAAACUGCCGAACUUCUUAUUUCACAUGGCAUAAAUAUCAAUGAAAAAAAUAAAAAUGGAAAAACCACUCUUCAUAUUGCAGUAUUUAAUAAUAGUAAAGAAACUGCCGAACUUCUUAUUUCACAUGGUGCAAAUAUCAAUGACAAAACCAAAACUGGAGAAACAGCACUUCAUAUUGCAGCACGACGUAAUAGUAAAGAAAUUGCCGAACUUCUCAUUUCACAUGGUGCAAAUAUCAAUGAAAAAAUGAUUAUGGAAAUACCGCACUUCAUAAUGCAGCAAUGUACAAUAGUAAAGAAACUGCCGAACUUCUUAUUUCACAUGGUGCAAAUAUCAAUGAAAAAAAUAAAAAUGGAAAAACCGCCCUUCAUAAUGCAGUAUUUAAUAAUAGUAAAGAAACUGCCGAACUUCUUAUUUCACAUGGCAUAA